UGAAUCAAGAUUCAAAAAAAGAGCGAAGAAAACGAGAACUCAGAGAGGAAAAUAAAAUAAAUAAAAGGUCCGUUUCUUAUCAGUUUCUCCGUGCGCCCGUCUCUCUGAUCAAUUAUAUCUUACAAACCCUAAUUUUAGAAUCUUGAUUUAUCCCUCAAAUUGGGUAUCGAAAUUUCACCGAUUUUUCGAUUCUUCUCGUUGUUUAUCUGUUGAUUCAGAGUCAUGAGUACCGUUGGCCUUCUCAACAUUCAACCUAGCGAACUCAAAUUCCCAUUUGAAUUGAGAAAGCAAAGUUCAUGCUCUAUGCAAUUGACCAACAAGACUGAUCAAUAUGUUGCAUUCAAGGUUAAAACAACCAACCCCAAGAAAUACUGUGUUCGUCCCAACACUGGUAUUGUUUUGCCUGGCUCUAGCUGCAAUGUUACAGUUACAAUGCAAGCCCAGAAAGAGUCACCACCUGAUAUGCAGUGCAGGGAUAAAUUUCUCCUUCAGAGCGUCAUGGCAGCUAAUGGUACAACUAGCAAGGACAUAACCACAGAAAUGUUCAAUAAGGAGGAAGGGAAAGUUGUUGAUGAGUUCAAGUUGAGGGUUGUUUACAUUCCCGCUAACCCUCCAUCACCAGUGCCUGAAGGAUCUGAAGAAGGAUCUUCUCCUAGGGCAUCUGGGGUUGAUGAUGGGAAUCAAAAUUCUACAUUGUCUGAUGCUGUAACAAGAUCUUUUGAGGAGCCCAAAGAGAAAUCUUCAUCCUCAGAGGAAUGGUCUAUGAUUUCAAGGUUGACUGAAGAGAGAGCUUCCGCUAUGCAACGAAAUCAGAAACUCCGUCAGGAAUUGGAUUUAAUGAGAAGAGAAAUCAGCAGAAACCGUGCUGGCGGCUUUUCCUUCUUGUUUGUGGUGCUGAUGGGUUUACUAGGAAUUCUGGUGGGGUACUUUGUUAAGAAAUAAGAAGACGUAGGAGCUGCAGUGAGAGCGAAUGUUAGUAAUAGUCAGACACCAAGAUCAACUUUUGCGGUGUUCUGAAUUUCACUUAGGAAAUUGCGCAAGACAUUUUAAUUUUCUAGUGUAAAAAUGUUGUGCGUUACCUUAGAAAGUAAUGGGAAACAUUUUUACUAUUUUGUCAAAAUUGAUGAGUGGUCGGUGGGCCUUCAAACUCGUCUGAAAUUAUGUGUGGGGAACGUAUUGGUUCGACAUUAGAAGUGUUUUUGUUUGCAUUUUCUUUUCAUUUAGUUGAAACAUAUGGUCAUUUUUCCUGACUUGUAGGUGUCACAGCACCCUCUUUCUCUAACAUUAAAGAUAUCUUUACAUUAAUGUAAAUUUUUAUUGAUUUUUGAAUGUAUAAUUGAACAUAUUUUGAAGAA